AUCAGUCGUGGGUCCGGCAACCUGACGGUCGCGUAUUUUGCUUUUGAUUUUGAAUUGCGUUUUGUUAUUACUUAAUUCAAUUGUUUCCAUAUACCAUUCUAGCCCUGCUGGUUGCAAUAUUGUGCAACUUGUUUUGAUCCCCAUCUCGAUUCUCGACGUCCUUUGUUCAUUGCAGACUGCAGUUGCAACUUGCAUUCGACGAUCGUCAUUCAUUCUAUCCAAAUACGAACUUCCGUGAUCAUGUUUUUGAACAAAAUACCCAAGUGUCUGACGACGAAGGCUAACAGCGUCCCGUGCCUUUUCUAUCAUAAAAAUGUGAUUGAUCAUUAUGAAAAUCCCCGUAAUGUCGGAACGUUAAAUAAAAAUGACAAGAAUGUUGGAACUGGAUUGGUUGGCGCACCAGCAUGUGGUGAUGUUAUGAAGUUACAAAUUAAAGUUGACGAUGGUGGUAGAAUUGUUGAUGCCAAAUUUAAAACUUUUGGCUGCGGAUCUGCUAUUGCUUCUAGUUCACUAGCUACAGAAUGGGUUAUGGGAAAAACUGUUGAUGAAGCACUUUCCUUAAAGAACACGGACAUCGCUAAAGAACUAUCUUUGCCUCCAGUGAAGCUUCACUGUUCAAUGUUGGCUGAGGAUGCUAUUAAAGCAGCAUUAUCUGAUUAUCGCAUUAAACAACAAGAGAAGAAAAAAUCAGAAGACCAGGAAUAAUGAACAUGUUACCUAGUAAUAAUAAAAUUGUACCUAUUUGUUGUUUUUGAAAUUAUCAUAUUUUUAAAUUGCAUAAAAAAAAUUAUAGAUACUAUAUUAAUUAUAAAUGAUUAUAGUAUAAUAUAUCUCAUAUUUUAGCAUUUCUAGUUUAAAAUAAAUUAUUAUUAAAGAUUUGAAAA